GUCUCCAGCCCUGCAUUGGUUCUGAAUUGUGACUUACUUUACAAAUAUCGAUUGAUUGUUUUCGAAAGAUAAGAUUUUUUGGCCAGGUGUGUGAUUUGAAGUAGUGUCUUUUUCAAAACUACAGUGCUGGGUAUCCAGUCUGAUUUAACCUACAUCAGGAACAGACACAGGUGUUAAACGGAGAAACAAAAAUGGGCAACGAUAACAGCACACAAUCUCAGCAACCCAGCGAGAAAUUCAAGGCUGCCUUCAAGAAGGUUGCAGAUGUUGCUCAAUUUCCAACGUGUGCGAAUUUCUGGAUGUAUAAAGAAAAGAUCCGACCGAUUCUGGAACAAAUCAGCGGGAAUGAACAAAUCAAACAAUGUAUGAAAGUCCAAAGGUCGGAUAUGUACACAACUGCAAUGUCGCACUACAAGGGAAAGGUCGGCGAAAUCCGCCGGAAAAGUGUCUCCAUUCGUCACGAAUCCUUAAUGAUUAUUUUCGACGAUUCCGGACAGUUUGACUACGAUGGAGGGGGUUACCGGAGGGAAUUCUAUUCCACAUUCUUCCAGAAAGCUAUCAGGGACCGGGGGCUGUUUGUUGGGAACUACCCACGACUGCUUCCCAACUUUACUCAGGACAGGCUAGACGAUCUUACUGCAGUCGGGAUAGGAAUCGUGGAGGCCAUUCUUAGUUUUGAUUGCGGGUUUCCGUACUUACACCCUGGACUGUACCACUUCAUGAUGGAUCAUGACGAUUUUGAACAUUAUCUGAUGGUAGAUGACAUUCCAAAUCCAGCCGUGAAACACCUUGUCAAUCUGCUCUUAGAAUGUGAAACAGAUGACCAAAUAAAUGACGUCAUACAAAGUGAUGAAGGAGUUAUCGUAGAACACAUUGGAUGGCCAACAGGCAAACAGUACAAUAUGAAAAACAGAGAACAGCUUAUCACCUUACUCACAAGAUACAGUAUCAUUGACGAGAGGAGACCGGCCAUUGAUGCCCUGAAGAAGGGCCUCAACUACCUGAAAUUCUUGGAGAAAAUCAAAGACGUGUCCCUGUUGGAGCCUCUUUUUGUUCAUUCCGAAGAGUACUCCAUUAACAAGCAGUAUCUGAAGAAACUGUUACUUCCAGCGCUGGAAGGUCUCAAUGCAGCCAAUGAUAAACUGAAAAAGGCUAAAGAGUACGCACUACGGUCCGUCAAUGAAAUAAAUGACGACGAAGCGAAAACACUCUACCACUUUAUCACAGGCUUAUCAAGCCCUUCUGAGCCAAGAACAACUCCGCCGAAUUCAUCAUGUCCAAUCCCAGACAGAAGCUUCCAGAGGCCAUGACAUGCUUUGAGACACUUAUGAUUCCUGUUGGGAACAAAGACUACGAGGAAUUCAAGGAGUCUUUCCAUCACGCCAUCAAAACCUUUGACAAACUUGCUGUCAAUAAACCAUGCUGUUGAUGACGAAGUUAUA